AUGAGCCCCAGAGUUACUGUACUGAUUUCAGGAUCAGGUUCUAAUUUGCAGGCGUUGAUUGAUGCCAAAACGGCCGGUUCGAUCGACGUUGAGUUUGUCCAAGUGAUUUCAUCUAGCAAGAAGGCUUACGGGCUAGAAAGAGCGUCUCAAAACGGAAUUCCCACCAAGGUACAAUCUUUGUAUCCUUAUACCAAGAGUAUACCGAAAGAAGAUUCGUCUGCGCGUGCCGAGGCGAGAAAACGAUUCGAAAUCGAUCUUGCCGCAGUUGUGCUCGAAGAUCAACCAGAUUUGAUCGUGUGUGCCGGCUGGUUGCUGAUUUUGGGGGCAGAAUUCUUGCAACGCGUAAAACCUACCCCCAUUAUAAACUUGCAUCCAGCCCUACCAGGUGCGUUUGACGGUACAACGCAUGCAAUCCAAAUGGCAUGGGAAAAAUGUAACUCGGGCAAAAAGGCUUUCACAGCGGGAUGCAUGGUCCACUUGGUCAUCGAAGAAGUCGACCGUGGCGAGCCUGUGGUGAUCAAGGAGCUCGAGCUUGUGCCUGGUACGGAAACUCUGGAAGAAUACGAGACACGCGUUCACGAGGCCGAACACAUCGCGAUUGUAGAAGCUGUGCAGAAACUGCUUACAACGACCAAACACUAA